AAAUUAUUAGAAAAGGUGCGAUUUUACUUAUAAAAUGGCAUAUAUAAUAUAGCAAUGCACAUUAAUGCUCUUGUUUUCAUUACCAUAACUAAUUUUAUUCUAUAUCUAUAGUUAUGGCUACUAUACCACAUUUUGAUCCAAAGCAGAAGAAACCUUCUAUGUUCGAAGCCGUUGGUCGCGGUUUCGUUAUUCGAUUUCUCAGAUCCUUCAUUUCUACUGGCUGUUUAAAUUUAUUAGAAGCAGGAGGUUCAACUCUUACUUUCCAAGGAGCUGAUAAAAAAUGUUAUCUAAAAGUUGAUUUGCUAAUCUGCAAUCCCCAGUUUUAUUGGAAGAUUAUGACAAGGGCAGAUGUAGGCAUUGCAGAUGCUUACAUAGAUGGAGAUUUCAUUUUUUUCGACAAGGAUGAAGGUCUUUUACAAUUCAUCAUGCUGCUGAUCGCGAAUCAACAUGCAAAUAAAUCAGUUUUGAAUUCGAACAAGAAUGGGAGUUGGUGGACGCCAUUGUUUUUAACGGCUGGAUUUGCUACUAUAAAAAUGUUGUAUCAGCAUGCUUCCAGAAAAAAUUCUCUUACACAAGCUCGUAGAAAUAUCUCUCAACACUAUAACGUGAGUAAUGAUUUUUUUGCCAUGUUCUUGGGCAAAACAAUGACUUACUCCACCGCUAUAUUCAAGACGGAAGAAGAAGACUUGAGUACAGCACAAAUGAGGAAAAUUUCCGUUCUGAUUGAAAAGUCAAGAAUUCAAGAGAAACAUCAAGUUCUCGACAUUGGUUGCGGCUGGGGAACCUUCGGUAUCGAAGCUGUGAAGCGAACUGGAUGUAAAUACACUGGCAUCACUCUGUCUGAGGAGCAACUCAAAUUUGCAGAAACCAAAGUCAAGGAAGCUGGCCUGCAGGAUCUUAUCACACUUAAACUCUGUGACUAUCGUCAACUGCCUGAAUCUGAUAAAUUCGACAGAAUCAUAUCUUGUGAAAUGAUUGAGCAUGUCGGACAUGAAUACAUGGACGAGUUCUUCCGUUGCUGCGAAUCACUGCUAGCCGUAAACGGUCUUCUUAUUUUACAGUUCAUAUCUAUACCAGAUGAGAAAUACGAAGAAUGCAGGAGAAAUGCAGAUUUUAUGAAGGAAUAUAUAUUCCCUGGUGGAUGCUUGCCUUCAUUUAGUAGGGUCAUUUCAGCCAUGAACACUGCAUCAACACUCAAUGUGGAGCAUGUCGAAAACAUCGGAAGUCAUUACGGUAGAACAUUGAGAUUCUGGAGACAAAAUUUCUUAGAUAACCAGAGGAAAAUUCUUAAAAUGGGAUUUGAUGAAAAGUUUAUAAGAACAUGGGAAUAUUACUUUGAUUACUGUGCUGCUGGUUUUAAGACAUACACCCUUGGUGAUUAUCAGUUACUGAAUGGUGACAUAUUAAAGGUAUCCAUCAAAUUGAAUAAAAAAAUAAAUAGAGAAAAAUAUAAUCAUUCAAUAGCUCAUAUCAUGACCAAAAAUAACUAAUUUAAUUAAGCAGAUUUUUCUAUAUUUAAAGAUAUCAAAAUUCAGGAUGUAAUUUUAAAUAUUUACAUUAAAAUUGAUAAAAAUGGCAAACUGUUUUGAUCAUUAUGGCCACAUAGUUUUAAUU